AUGGACAAUUCAUCGGAUUCGGAGCCGCCUGGAGACUUUUGUUUGAAUCCACAGGUAAGGAAUGGCAGUUUUUAAUUAAAAUUUUAUUUUGUUUAUAAAAAACGAAAUUUUAAAAAAUUUAAAUUUUUAAAUUUAAAAGUUUAAAAUUUGAAAAAAGUGCAUUAUUUUUAAUUUUAAAAAAUUUAAUACCCAAAUUUCCAGAUAGUGUCUCCAGAAUUCAUAAUUGGCUUCACGGAGAUCACGGAUGCGGCAUUGUUAAUAUGCACACUAGCCUCAUCCUGUUUACAGUUAUUUGUUCUACAACGGGCUUAUCAACAUAUUCGGAGGAAGACGGCUGACAAAUGUCUUCAUGUGUUCUUGUUUUCAAUGACAUUAGCCGACUUUAUUCUUACAGGUAGGCAAGAACUUUAUUUACAUACGUUUAGGGCAAGACAUCUACUAUCGUUUAUAGCGCUGUAAAGAAACAUACGGUAGGAUAAGAUAGAGUAAAGUAGGAUAGGAUAAGAUAGAAUGGGUAAGAUAGAGCAAAGUCAGGUAGAGUACGAAAAGGUAGGGUAUGGUAGGAUCAGGUAAUACAGAGAUUGUAUUGCUAUGAAGCAUUUUAAGAACAUAUAAUAAAUACUAUAGCUUUUCCGUUACCUUAUUAAGAUUUUUGUUACCUAAUUUCACUUUUAUAUCAUUUAAAAAUAUUGUUGUAGGUAUUUGUUAUCCAAUUGAAUUCUCACCUCGCACCAACUUUUUCCCUCAAUUUCCAUUCGCAAUAAACGCCGCCAUGCACAUGUUAUGUUGGAUAAGUCUGAUCGUAUCAUCGGUAUCACUAGUGUUCAUGAACAUUGACAAGUUGUUCUACUUCCAAUCGCCUCUAAGGUAUACGGAACACUUUACCAGACGCCGAUCACUGUUCAUAUGCACCUUAUGUUGGGCCUUCUCGAUUGCAUUUGUCAUCUUUGCCUGGGUCCGGAAGUCGUUUCGAUGUGUUGAUGACAACUGCGCCACUUUGGCCAUCUUCCCCAACCGACUACAUAUCUACAUACCGUUCAUGUUGAGUGUGGGAGUAAUACCUACUGUAACGUCGUUGACUGUGGCCUUGUACAUUCUGAAGAUUAUGCAGUUUCAUAGAAAUCAAAUUAAACAAGGUAAGAGGUUUUGAAGGUGAAAAAAGGCAGUAAUUGACUUGGGGCCAUACAAUAUAAAAUUUUAAUUUUAGGUAUGAAAAAAGGCUAUUAUAUCUUUUCAGUUUUUAAAAACUAAAUUUUUUACAUUUUAUAAAGCCAAAAAAAACCUUUUGCAACCUAAAAAUUAGAAAAAGUAUGAUUUUAACUAAAUUUGUCACCUAAAACCCUCAAAAAAGCUGGCCGCAGUCGACAGGAUUCGAACCUGUGCGGGCAGAGCCCAAUUGAUUUCUAGUCAAUCUCCUUAACCACUCGGACACGACUGCACAUGCCCUCAGGGUUUAAACUGUUCUUUUAUACCUAUAUGUUGUUUAACCAGCUGUAGGAUUAUCAUAUUUAGUAGUUCAAUGUAAAAAAAAUUGAUCGGGGUGAGGUAGAAGGCCUAGCCCGGCCUGAUCGCAGGUCUUUGAACUUAAUUUGAAACAGACCAGUCUUUGAAGUUGAACUUGGCCCGUUUCUCACCCCAGACAUUGAUAACAAGCCUAUUAUACCUUUUGACUAUAAGUUAAUUUUAUUCAGUACCGUACUAUGUUAAUAUCUACUAAACCUUGCGCUUUUCAGAAAAAUUGCUCUGUUCUCCAAAUACAAAUGAUUCGCGACAAAACUCGGUUUUUGUGACAAAAAUUCGAACUUUUUAUUUCGUAUUCAUGACUACGGUAUUCACGGCGAUCACUUUAUUACCAUAUCGAUUCGUUGGCAUCUAUCGGGCAUUGAAUCCAGCGAGGAAGAACGAAUGUGCUACGAUAUUAAUGUUCUGGAUCUUCAUGUACAUGGUGUACUUGAACUCGGUAAGCUACUGGAAGAGGAAGACUUUUUUAAAAUGUUAUACUUUAAUGUGUAAAGAAAAUUUUUGCAUUUUUUAGGUAAAAAAAUAAAAAAUUUAAAAAAUUUUUUUUUAAAAACAUUAUUAAAACCACAUUGUUUUAGAUAGUAAACCCAUUGUUGACCAUCACCAUCCUCCCCCAGUAUCGACUCAAGUGUUUCGAGCGGUUCUCAGCUCGGCUACAACGAAAGUACGCGCCCAACGAACCGGAUAGUGCCAGGGAAUCUCUGUAA